AUGAUGGGAAAAGAAGUCAAAGAUUAUGUGGAUGACCUUGUGGUGAAGUCCAAAACCAGAGAAGGCCAUCAAGAAGUUUUAAGAAGAGUGCUGGAAAGGUGUCGGCUGUACGGUUUGAAGAUGAAUCCAAAGAAGUGUGCGUUCGGGGUUUCAUCCGGUAAAUUCUUGGGGUUUCAAGUACACCAGCGUGGCAUAGACGUGGAUCCUGAAAAAACUAAAGCCAUAAAUUCUCUUGCACCGCCUAAAACCCAAAAGAAUUGA